AAGGUUUGGUUGAACGUGUGAAAUUCACAAUCACAAACGAUCUUGUCUCUGUCUCUGGUUCGCUUCGUCUCCGGCGUCUCAUUUACGGUCCCUGCCUCUGUCUCUGUCUCCGUUCGUUCUGAUUAUACGCUGAACAUAUCUUCGGGGGGAUCUGUGUUUUGGAGGAUUAAUUUGUAGCAGUUAGCCUUGUCACUGUAGAGAAUGCCUCUGCAACUUUUUGAUGGCAGUGAUUCCGAAAAUGAGGACAUUUCAAAGAUCAAGAUAGACGAGAAGUAUGCUCGUAGGUUUGAGCACAACAAGAAGCGGGAGGACCUCCAGCGUUUUGAGGAAUUAAAAAAGAAGGGUGUUAUUGAUUCACCUUCACCCUCACAUUCUGAAGGUGAGGAGGAAUCUGAGUCUGAGUCAUCAUCAGAUGAUGAAGACUAUGAGACACUUGUCAAUUCUAGAAGGAGUGACAAGGAGUUCUUUGAUGCCUUAAUUAAGGUGAAGAAGCAAGAUCCUAUUCUUAAGCUAAAAGAUGUUAGGCUCUUUGGGUCGGAUGAUGAUAGCAUUGAUGAUGAAAGCAAUGAAAAGGAGAAAUUUAAAUCAAAAGACAAGAAGGGUGAAAAGCCAAUGUAUUUGAAGGAUGUGGUGGCAAAGCAUUUGAUUGAGGAGGGGGCAGAUUUUGGUGAUGAAGAGGAGAUAGAUGAAAUGGAAAAAUGUAAGGGUAAGAAGGUAAUGCCUUCCAAAGAUAAAGACUUUGUUAAUAAGGAUGGGAAGAAGACUUAUGGUGAUGAGCAAGAGGAGUUGAAAAAGGCUUUUCUGGAAGCAGUAGAAAGGGAGGGUUUGAAAGAUGGUGAAGAGGAGUUUUUCACUGUGAAGGAGAAGGUAGGUGAGGAGGACAAAGUAGAUAGUGAUGACAAGGAACUUGAGGAGAAGCUGGAUGAGUAUUUUGGUGGAGAUGUAGAAUCAAAUGAAAAUUCCAAGUUUCUAAGAAGCUAUUUCAUGAACAAAUUGUGGAUUGACAAGAGUGGGAAGAAUUUGAAUGUUGGAGAGGAUGAAUUGCAAGAGAUUUCAGAGGAUGAGAUAGAGCUCGAGAGACAGGAAGAAUAUGAGUACAGAUUUCAGGAAAAUCCAGGAGAUAGGGUGUUGGGUCAUGCUCGGAAGGUGGAGGGAUCAGUGAGGAAGAAGACGAAUGCAAGGAAAGAGCAGAGAAAGAGCAAAGAGGAGAGAAUGGCUAUAGAACAAAAGGAGAGGGAGGAGGAGUUGAAACGCUUAAAGAAUUUGAAGAAGCAGGAAAUACAGGAGAAGGUUAAAAAGAUAAUGAAGACUGCAGGGAUCCAUGGUGAUGAUAUUAUUCCAUUGUCCAUGGCAGAAAUUGAAGAGGAAUUUGACCCAGAGGAGUAUGAUAGAAUGAUGAAGAAGGCAUUUGACGAGAAAUAUUAUAAUGCAGUGGAUGCUGACCCUGACUUUUGUAGUGACAUUGAUGACAAUGAGAAGCCAGAUUUUGAAAAGGAGGAUGAAUUACUUGGGCUUCCUAAAGGCUGGGAUGCAUGCGGAUCUAAUGGUGGGUUUUUAGCUGCAAGGGAAAAAGCACUGAAAGAAAAGAUUGAGAAUACUAGUGAUGACGAUCUCCCUGAAGCAGAAGAUGAAAAAGAAAGGUUUGAGAAUACUAGUGAUGACAAUCUCCCGGAAGGAGAAGAUGAAAAAGAAGAGAAAAUUCCUGAGGAAGGUAGUCGGAAGAGGAAGCGCAAAACAGCACUUUUGGAGAAAGCAAGACAGGCAAUGAUGGAUGAGUACUAUAAAUUAGAUUAUGAGGACACAAUUGGGGACCUGAAGACAAGAUUCAAGUAUGCCAAAACAAAACCAAGUAGAUUUGGCUUGAGUGCCUCAGAGAUACUAUUGAUGGAUGACAAGGAAUUGAAUCAGUAUGUUUCCUUGAAAAAGCUUGCUCCUUACCAGGAGGAGGAAUGGAAACUAAGCAAACAGAAAAGAUACAUGCUGAAGAUGAGGGCUAAGGAGCUCCUUCGCACAUCAAGUUUGGAUAAGAAGAAAAGGAAGAAGUCAAAGGUUGAUUCUGGCAAGAUAACUUCAUCAAAAAGUGUUGUGGAGAACGAAAAACCAAGCACAGAAGAAUCAAAUAUUAAUAGGGAUAAUCUAUCAAGGAAAGCCAAGAGAAGGCGGCAAGUGGCUAAUUUGAAAUUAUCACAAUCGAGGCUUAAAGCAUAUGGGAAGAUUCCCUCAAAAUCUAAGCAUGGAGGAAAGCACUGAAAGCUGUCACUGAUAUAUGCAGAAGGAACCAACUAACCGAGGAACUUACGAUCUUAGAACAGAUUUGGAGCUUACUAUUGCAAAUUACUGUGCCGUGGAUCAUGGAUGUGUUUGCCUAAGUGUUUUUGUGGAGAGAAGUUUUAGUUGUCUUUAUGUUUUCUCAAAAUGAAGUUUCUUAGAGUCUAUGGAAUUUCUUAGCAUACAAUUACAAACUGUCAAUUGGACAAGCAAUGUUGACCAAAAGUUGGUGCUCGUCUCUGUUUUCAAUAUUGCAUGUACUCAUUUAGAAUUAGUGCUUUAGUAUUUGCUUGUCUUGCGGAAUCUCACUAUUUGCAAUAAGUUGCAACUGUUUCUACAA